UCUACUGAAGCAGCUGUCUCUUUGCUCUGAUGCCAGAAUUAGUUCUUGAGUCCUAAACAGUAGCCAGAGGACUUCAGCUCCAGCAAACAUCUAAUCAUGGAUCAUCAUGAAACAACUUCUGAUAGCAUUAACCUCAACCGUUUGUCGGUUGUAUCCGAAGAUGAUGAAGACCAUGACUCUGCCUUAACUAUUGUUACUGUUCUUGACAAAGUAGCCUCCAUUGUGGAGGCUGUGCAAGCCAGCCAGAAAAGAAUUGAAGAACGUCACAGAGAAAUGGAGAAUGCCAUCAAGACUAUCCAGAUUGAUCUCCUGAAACUUGCACAGGCUCACAGCAAUACUACCUACACUGUUAACAAACUACUUGAGAAGACCCGUAAAGUAAGCACCAAUGUGAAAGAUGUAAGAUCACGAGUAGAUAAACAGAGUGAUCAGGUCCAAAAUGUAGAAUCCAAGCAAGAAGAGAUGCUGAGAAAGAACAAAUUCAGAGUUGUCAUUUUUCAGGAAGAUAUCCAGUGCCCUACUAAAGUGAGCAUUGCUAAGGAAUCAUCAUUAGAUGGGCUUUUAAGGGAUAAACUUUACCCCCCUAAUGACCUCUCUUCUGAUGAGGAGUAUGAAGUUCCAGAGUCCAGGUCCUCUCGACUGAAAAAAUCUGGCAAAGAGCGCAUUGAUAAUAUCAAAAAAGCAUUUUCUAAGGAAAACAUGCAGAAAACUAAACAAAGUUUUGGAAAGAAAGUAAACCGUAUCCGCACCAGAAUAGUGACUCCAGAAAGGAGAGAGAGAAUAAGGCAGUCUGGUGAGAGGCUUAAACAGUCUGGAGAAAGAUUCAAGCAGUCCAUAGCAAAGGCAGCACCCAAUAAAGAAACAUUUAAACUCAAGAAGAAAGAAAAACAGCGCACCACAGCGGAAGGCCAAGAAGGUGAGAAAGAGGAUGCUCAAUCUGUCUCAGAGGGUCCCUUAGUUGAGCCCAUCUCAGAAGUCACCUACACUGAAGUGGUCACUAUAAAAAAGAAGAAGAAAAAGAAUGAAGAUAAGGCAGAACUUUUGCCAGAUCAAGAAGAGGAGAAACCCGCUCCAGUUUCAGAAAAACCUUUGCUGAAACUGGAAACAAAAUUAGGUGCAGAAGAUACCCCACUUGUAGACAUCAAGCUGUCAUAGACGAAUAACUUGAAAGGAAUAGUUUGCAUUACAUUUCUAACAUGCCCCACUAGGUGUGUGUCUUCAAGCAGUUAAAAGACAGUGGUGCUCUAUAAGUCUGCCCAAAUAUUGUAAGACUGCUAAUGUAUGCCAAUAGAUUAAUCCAUACUUUAUGAUAUUUUUAACUACUGAUCUUUUUUUAGAACUUGAACACAUCUAUGAAAUCUGGUCAGUUUUAGGGCACUAAAUUUCAUUUGGCCAUAACGUUCUAUAUUCUAUAAAUUCAUCUUUACUUAUAUAAGGAAAUUCAAUCUGAAAUAUGAAAUUACAGCAGAAAAAGUAUUAAUGUGAUUAGUUGUUAUACAAAGAUAUCAAUGAUGAUGAAGAUAUGAGGUAAUAUUGGCUAUGGUGCUCUACAUGUGGUAGGUAUAGGAUAUAGGAUAUCAGAAAGGAACCAAACCCUUAUCUCAUAGCAUGUUAAUGUUUUGGGAUAUUUUUGAUGAAUGAAUUAUUAUUUUUAUUAUAUGUGUGAAUUCCAUAUAUACAGAUGUGUGGGUGUGUAUAAAUACAAUGAAGCGAGUUAGUGUAUAUUUUCUUGAGAAAGCAUAGACAUGGGUCAGACUAGUGUAGUGUUGUAACUUACUUAAAAAUAGACAUCUGGUCAUAAAUUGUAUUGCGUGGGAAUGAAGCAUGAUUGGUAGUGUCUCCUGUCAUUGGAUUAGGCUCUGUUCACGCUAGUGGCAUAGAUCCCAAAGAAUCUCGAUGGAAUCCAUUGACUAUAAUGUGGUCCAUUAGGUUUCUGUCAGGUUGCAUUUUUUGUGACUGUAGGCUAUUUUUGCAAUUAAAAAUACCAGAACCUCUGAUGGAAAAUUAAAAAUCUAAAUAUGAACCGAACCUUAGCUGUUCACAUUU